AUGAAGUUCACCACUGUUUUCGCCGCCGCCGCCGCCGUCACCGUCGCCUCCGCUGCCAACAGCUCCAACUCGAGCAGCUCCAACGCCGCCCCAGCCGCUGGCUCCAACGCCGUCGGCUACACCGCUGCUGGUGCCGCCCUUGCCGGUGCCGUCGCUUUGUUGAUGUAA